AAACUUUGUGCGAAAUGCGAAAUUAGCCAACUGAUUAUUAGUUACCAAUCGUCCAGUUUUUUGAUGAUUUAAGUGUCUGCAGUCGUGAUUUGUGUAAGGACAAUUGAAAGCGUUAAAAAUAUUUUCAAUCAUGAAAUUAUUUAAAUGUUUCAAAGUUUCUGUUCAUAAUUUAGGGUCGUCUUGUCAUCAGUUCCUGAAUUUACAUUCACCCAUGAUUCACCUUACUUAGUGAUCUCUGUCCCAGAUUAUUCCAUACGAUAUCUCGUGGUGCAUCGCCGGUGAGAUACGCCUAAUAAUUAUUUUGAAGCCACAGUUUGCGAAAUCAAUUCACCUUAAAAUGGACGAGCAACAAGGUACUUCCAGAACAGGUGACACAAAGCAAGAAAUGUGUGAUGUCACACACAACGAUAAAGGGCCUGAUGCUGUACCUAAAAUCAGUGUAAAAGAUGAACCGGCUUGUUUGAGUGAUUCUGCUGAAUUUCGUGAGAACGAAUUUCUUGAAAAUUUGGAAUUGAUAAAUUCCAAAAGGUUACCAGAGGUUUCUGUUGAUAAACAGAGUCAAUCUAGUCCUGAAAAAGUGAAUAUUUCAACGUCUAUAAGAUCUUUUGAACCAAACGUAGCGUGCAAAAAACCCUCAAUCUCAGUAGAAACUGGUAGCGCUAAGGCAAUUGAUACUCCUGAAUCAAGCAAAGAAGGAUUAAAGACACCCUCUGAAGCUGAAUUUGGAGUCACGAAGGGUUGCGACAUAUUUCCAUCCAAAUCGGAAAACCCGGCAAUCAAACUCGAGUGUAAUAAACUUAAAAUGCGACCAGUUGUCAGUUUAUUGAAAGUUGAUAUUGAUCAAACGCUUAUGAAGGUGAAUAAUAAAAAACAAUCAAAGAGGAAAGCGAAAAGUUGUAAUCCUCAAAGUAAGACCAGCUUUAAGCGGAAGUGUGCCAAAAAAAAACUGAUUUCCAAGAAGUCGAAAUAUUUUCCUCGUUCAAGACAUCAGACCAAUGUGAAGGCAAAAACUCCUAUUUCCAGUCAAUCCCCUUCGCUGUCACUUGAUGUAGAGGAUUUUGUCUCUGGUGUCUGUCGUGUUUGUGGCGAGCAAAGCAACGAGUGUACAAAUAUUUUUAAUGAUAAAGAAAAAUAUGAUCGCAUCAUUGAAAAAUUUUUACCUAUUUCGGUUGACAAAAGUGAUGAGCUUCCGAAAACAGUUUGCAAGAAUUGUCUCUCGGUGCUAAUUGCAGUGAAUAAUUUGUCAAUGAAAUGCACCAUGAAACAAGCCCAAAAACAACCUUCCUCAGGAAUUAAAAAGAUCUCGGUUCAGAAGCAGAAUAUUGAUAAAGUUAGGACCUGUAAAUCACCAAAAAGCCGAAAUCUCAAUCAUCCCAAACCAGUCCCCCAAGUUCCUGCCUCUCGCCCAAAGAAGACAACCACAUUAUCCAAAGUCACGUCUCUGCCUACUCUACGAAGCUCUCUAGCUACAAAACUCUCAGCCUCAGAACAGUCAUCAUUGAGGCCUACCGCCAGCAAUAUUGAUUGUGGUAUUCAGAUUCUGAAUUCUUUCUCCUUGGCCGCCUUGAUUGAGAAUCCAACAAUGGACCUCGACCAAAUGUCCUCGAAUGGACCGCACAAAACGAUAUUGUCAGAUAACAAGACAGGAGAUGGAAAGAAUUAUAAACCACUUUUUGCGGCUAAAAUGCCUGUCAGGGUUCGCCCAGAGAGGAAAGUUGUCCCGCCUGCAAAAUUUGACAAUUUUGUCAAGUCAUCGACCCCAAAAGAGAGGUCAAAGCCACUUGUCAUCACACCUUCAAAUGCAACGAAGGAGGCCAUUGAUCUGAAGGAGGAAGUUAAUCCGAAGAAAAUACAGUAUUCAUUUGAUCCUACUUCAGGCUCAUUUGAAGAUGAAAGCCCUGCAUCCCCUAAACCAGUGAAAAAGCGAGUCCGGAAGUCCAAGAAAAAGGUAUCACCUGAAAACAUUCUUGGAAACAAAGAGGAGAAAGCAGGUACAAAAGCUGAUAAAACUGUAGGAGAUUGCUUACAGAAUCAAGAGAGUAUGCCGAGAAAAGUUUCUUCUGGAGAACUCGAGAAGGAUGCAGAAAUCAAAAAUCAGCAGGAUAGUCAAAAUGACGGGAACAAAAGGAAAGCAGUUGCAAGACCUAAAAAUAAAAAGAAAGUGUUGCCACUCAUAAACGCCAAUGACACAACCAAUAUGAUAGAUCUGAACACUGUUGGCAUGCUCACAAGCAGUUUAUCGGAAGAAAUACAGAAGGCCCUCCAAUUGAUCAAGAAUUAUCUGAUUGUAAAAGUGCUAAUACCAGAUGCAAACGCAGAGGAUGGAACUGGUAGUAAAGUUGCAUCCCUCAGCAAGGACUCGCCUGAAAAAGGAACCUCAGAAAGAAUACCAGAUGCAAACGCAGAGGAUGGAACUGGUAGUAAAGUUGCAUCCCUCAGCAAGGACUCGCCUGGAAAAGGAACCUCAGAAAGAAUACCAGGUGCAAACGCAGAGGAUGGAACUGGUAGUAAAGUUGCAUCCCUCAGCAAGGACUCGCCUGAAAAAGGAACCUCAGAAAGAAUACCAGAUGCAAACGCAGAGGAUGGAACUGGUAGUAAAAUUGCAUCCCUCAGCAAGGACUCGCCUGAAAAAGGAACCUCAGAAAGAGCCAAAGAUCUUUUGGGGAAAAGAUCAUCAGCAACUGAACCCAUUGGUCAAAAUCUGAAACAAGUGGUUGAAGCAACUGUAGAGGUGUUCUCUAUCAAAAUAAAAAACUCACUGGUUCCAGUUUAUUUCAAAGUGGUUAAAGAGUCAUUCCCAUCGGCAAAAGUGAAGAAAACAAUAUUUACAACCAUCACACAAACACUGACGAAACAAAGAAACGAUAUUAGGGCUGCAUGGGAGGCAGAAAAGUGCAUGUUGGUCCCGAGUAUAUUUAAAAAAUUGUCAGAUAACUUCGACCCUAAUCAAUCUCUUCAGCAGUGCGUCAAGUGUGAUAAAAAAUUUCCAAGAAAUGAAAUAUUAAAUCAUGUGAAGUAUAGUCAUUUGGUACAGUGUGUACCAUGUAAAGUCGCCCGACACUCGUAUGCUGCUCUCCAGUAUCACACAAGCACUGUACAUCCGUUAGAUCCGAAGAAGUGUAGAGUCUGCGGGAAGUUGUACCCUGUCCCGCCUAACCAGGUUGAAUAUUGCUCACAUUGGCACCGUUGCUCGAUUUGCGGGCAAGGUUUCCUUGACCACAAUGCCUACGUCAAACACGAGAUGAGACAUAUAGACUCGGACUUCUUAGACUAUCUUUUCAAACUGGAGCCAUCUUUGCAGAACUCGGCAGAGUUAAAAAAAUUGAAGUCAGAAUUUAUUGAAAAAGAGGAUGGCCGGCUACUUCUAGACUAUUUCUGGGAAAAAAGUGAUAUUUUGUACACCAUAACACUAAUAGUGAAGGACAAAGUGUUUUGUAUCAAAUGUUUCAGACUCUUUAAAAACUUGACUGUCUUAAAGAAUCACCUCUGCACGGGCGAAGACAAAUGUUUGCAAGUCAGUUUUUGUGUUUACAAAUGUGUCAAGUGUAAACGGAGAUUCAAAGCCAAGUCAACAUAUUUCGUCCACUAUCAAGAGUGUGUAGACCGCAAUUUUGAUAUCAUGCGUGCCUUGGGAACCUACUCGGAAAAAAUCUUGAUCGAGUGUGCUAUCUGUGCAACUGUUCAUGAAUCCAUUGAAAAGUUCAACAAUCACUUUGAUCUCUGUUUCAAGACCAAUAUUUUCCAUUGUGAUCGUUGUGACGCAAAGAUUAUUUUGCAAGCAAAAGGGAAACAUCUGAAGUACUGUAGAGGCCCAAUCAUCAGCAAGGAAAAAUCAAUCUCUUCAGGCUCUCGAUCUGAUAAAAUAUGGAAGAACAGUAGUAAUUCAGGCUCAGUCAAAAUCUUUGAAGAUGUUGUCGAUCUAGAUCCUAGUCAAAAUAAUGUUGAUGGUCAGUUUGAAAGAACGGAAUCACCCAUGUGUACGGAGGGAGAUAAGACAACCAGAAAUGUUGAAAACAAGAUCAGUGAAAAUGAAAAAACCAUAAGGCCUAUUCAAGAUGAGAAAUCAGCCAUUGUGGAAGUGCAAACUCAUGCUUCUGAAAAGUCGUUGAAGCCUCUCGAUAACACCGUAGAAAACAAGAUAUCUCCUAGAAAUUUUGAUUUUGAUGUCAAUGAAAAUGGAUGUUCGGCCACGUCAAUCGAAGGGAAUGAAUUGCCCGCCUCUGCAACUCAAAAUGAUACCUCAGGAAAGCAGUUGCAAAUUCAUCCUACACCCUCAAGCAAUGUUGGAAUGAAAAUUGAUGACAAAGUACACUUAGCCAAGUCUGUGGAGGUUAAGGAACCAUCUACAGUCCAAGUGCAAAAUUAUAUUCUCGGAGAAGAAGUGAAGAUCGCCCAUGAAAUAAGACCAAUUAUCAGUGACAAGACAGCAACUUUAUUAGUUGAUGCAAAUCUGUCUCCUCCUGUAACUGGACAAAGUUCUCAAGAUUCCGCCUCAAAGAGAGGACAUGAUGACGCUCCGGUGGAUGAAUCCAUCAUUGAUUUUUUGGGUAGUGUAUGUUCAACACCUCUACCUAAAAAGACAAAAACCGCCACAAGAACAGACGGCAUUAUUGGCACCGAUGCUUGUGUCUCCCAAACAUCUUCUGUGAAACCAAUUGUUCCAAAACUUGCCUCUACAGAAACGGCCGAAUCAGAAAAAAUACCAAAACAAAAGGGGAUAAAUGCAGCUGGCAAUAUUAUCGUGAAUGAAGAUACCAUCGAUAGUCUGAAGCCUCCACCUUUGAUCAAGAAAUGGUUCACGAUCAAAAUUGUGACAGCAUCAGUAGACCACAUUCAAGGUAGCAGCACGGUCAGUGAAAAUAAAUUUGCAGAGAAUCUUGACCCGAACUCCAAAGAGCUUCAAAACCUCGUGCAAGCGUCAGAAAAAGCAACCGCAGCUGAAGAUGGCUCCGAAUCCAAAGUUCUGGAAGUCUCGUACUCAGUGUUUUUCACCGAAGUCAAUGGAAAACUUCUUCCUCAUCACUUCACCCUUGCUACCUCCAAACUCUCACAGGAAACAAGAGAUAAAGCAUCCUCCAUUAUCAAAUCAUUACUUCGGAAGCAACGGAAAAAAAUCUUGGAAGAGACCUCUGGAACACAAGACAAACCUCCAGUUACAGUGGAAGCACAUGCACCAAAAAAAAUAAAAACAAAUGUAGAUUCCAAGUCUACUGGUGAGAAACGCUCUGAAGAUUGCUUGAAAGCAAUCUGUUUUUUUGCUUGUAUCCAUUGCAAAGAAUUGGUAGACAAAAAAUAUUUACGUGAGCAUGUGUUAAAGACACACAUGGUGCAAUGCUCAUCUUGUCUCAUAUACCUUACCUCACCUGAUGAAUUGCUCAACCACAUGUGUAUUGUUCAUGACCAUCCAUUUUCGUCAUGUUUAAAGUGCUGGAAAAAGUUUCCGCUGGAUUCAGACUCUUCUAAGUGUUCAUGUGAGUUCAGUUGCUCCAUCUGCCAAUCUCCCUUUUCAAAUUGGUUAGAAUAUCUUGAUCAUGAAAUGUCGCAUUUCUACGAAAUGGCCUUCAAUCAUGCUGUAGAAACUCUGAACGACAAAUUCAUCAUCCAUAAACUCGAAAAAGACUUGCAAGCAGUUCGGGGCCCCGCCCUGGUGUAUCCAUGCAGGCUUUGCGGCAAAAGAUAUGCAAGCAAAACGGAGAUAGAAUUCUGUGAGCACAGUUACAAAUGUGUCUCGUGCAAGAAUGUCUUCAUCAGCUAUGCACUAUUCGUCACCCAUGGUUGUAGUCUGAGGUAUAGAAACCAACGCUUUAAGGAAAAAGACAAAGCAAAAGCUCUCAGUCAAAACACUGAUUUCAUUCAUGUCUGUCCACUUUGCAAUGAAACAUUCAACAAUGGAGUGCUGUAUGGUAUCCACUAUCCCAUGUGUGCAGAAAGCUCAGGAAAACUGUUGGAAGGCAGGUCUGCCACAUACUGUGUUUCGUGCCCCUAUUGCCUGACAGAAUUUGACUCGAGUCAGUCGUUUCUCAGGCACUACUUUGACUGUCGCAAAGAGAAUGCCUACCUAUGCGAUUAUUGUCAAGAAUUCAUUUCAAACACCCAUAAAACGAAUCAUCAGCAAAGCUGCACCCAAGACGUUCUCUGUGAUAAUUGUGGACUAUCAUUUUCAAAUAGGACAAGGUACCGGUUGCACUUCCGACAGCACAAAGAUGGAUCUGUCUUUUGCAAAACCUUAAUCAAGGAUGACGAUGGAAAUCCCUUUGAAACAGAGCCUGACGCAAACAUAGUAAUGGAAACAAUCAGGAAUGGAGAGUUUAAUCUCAGAUCAUGUGCGUACUGCGGGAAAAUGUUCGACAAUGUGCGAAAUUGUAUUCGACACAUACUCGCAGUUCACUUGGAUAAAGUAAAGACGUGUCCAGUCUGCAAAAUAACACUCAGGAAGUCCACCAACCAUCUUUUAACUCAUCGAAAAACUCAUUCUCAAGAAGAAUUGAUUGCUGCAACUGCUGGUGAGUCCAUUGGCGCUUUCAGAUGCCCUCUUUGCAAAAAAUAUUUUAACUCCUCCUACCACAAAAUAUUACACCAGAUAUACCAUCAUGACCGGGAAACAUUGAAAUGUACUUACUGUCAAAAGGAAUUCCUUUCAAAGGUAACUCUUGAGUCUCAUCAAGUGAGAUGUGUGGAACCACCAAAAAAACGUUCCACAGCGCCGCUGACACAAGCAGCCAAGUUUAUUUGCCAAAUUUGUGACUCUCCUUUUGAUAAAUUUCAAGAAUAUGUGAAACAUAAAAAGACCCAUGGUGGCCGGGUUGCUUGUGAUCUUUGUGACAAGACGUUUCUCACGAGAGCGAUUAUGCGCAAUCAUCGCAAGCAAGUGCAUUUUGGCACACCAUGUACGUGCGAAAUCUGUGGACUAGAUUUUUCUUGCGUCAAAAAUCUACAAAUUCACCAGCGGAAUAUCCAUAUAGAUAUACCACCUGUUAUCUGCGAAACUUGUGGAAAAACGUUCAGAACACCCAAACAUCUAAGCAAGCACAUAACAGUCCACACUGGAGAGAGACCUUACAAAUGUACACAUUGUGGCCGAGGAUACCGUCUUCUAGGAAACUUACAUCAACAUGAAAUCAAGCACCACACCGGGGGAUCGAGACCCUUUGAGUGUAGGGUCUGCAAAAGUACGUUCGCACAACUGAAUAAUUUGCAUUUACACCGUCGACAAAUGCACCCAGAAAUCCACAAGUACCAAUGUCCAAAGUGCAAGUUUGGUUAUAAUGACUUCAAGUAUUAUACCAAGCAUGUAGAAGGGUGCAAUUCAAAAAGAGUUAUGCCACCUGUACCUAGAAAAAGAGUCAAUAUCGCUCCGAGAGCUCCAAGAACAUCUGUGAAACAUUGCCCUUAUUGUAAUGAAGAUGUCCCAUCUCUGAGAGUCCAUCUCAUGCGCCGCACCGACGAAAGACCUUAUCACUGUCAGACAUGCCCUAAGAAGUUUAGCUAUCUAUGUUCAUUAAAGAAUCAUGAAGCACUUCAUUUCAAUAUAAAAAAAUUCAAAUGCAAGAUUUGCGACAAAGGAUUCCUUGGCCUGAAACAGUACAGUCUUCACUUGCAAAUAAAGCACAAUGAUUGUUUCCCUUUGCAUUGCUCGCACUGCAAUAAGGGCUACAAUGAUAACAAAUACUAUUACCGUCAUAUCGAGGAAUGCAAUGAAUUCACCACAGGCCCACAUUACGAGGCCAAUAGCAAGAAGUUAACACCGCAAUGUGCAGCCUGUCACAAAUACUUCAUGAAAUUCAAUGACCUAAGAAUUCACGCUGCCAUGGUGCACGAGAGUCAGUCGCACAAAAAAUACCAGUGUAAGUUCUGCGAUAGCUCAUACGACUCAAAUGCUUUGCUGACUAAACACUCGAAACAUCAUUACAAAGACCGAAAUCGUCCUGGGAUGUUCCUUUGUCCUAAGUGCCAGUUUCACCACUUUGACUUCAAAACUGUCUUAAAUCAUGACUGCACUACUGCAUCCGUAUCAAAAGAUUUUAACUCGGGCCCCAUGAGUCCUUCAAAAAGAUCUUUGUCCUCAGACUAUGCCAAGCCUGCAAAAAGAUUGAAGUCUGGACGGGUUUCCAAACCAGUAUUGAUGGCCGAUUUUGAAACUGAUGCGGAAAGCGAGGAUUCUGAUUCCUCGGACAAUGACAUAGACAGUGAUACAGAGAUUGUAGAGUUAAAAAAGCUCUCGGAUAUGGAUGAUUUCGAUGACUAUGAGGAGUAUAAAGGUGAGGGUAACUUCAAUGGAUCCACAACUAAAGUAGAGGUACAAGAUACUCCACAGUUGGGAAAAAUUGAGGAGAUUGAAAUAGUGCCUGAAAGUUUAAUUGAGGAAACAGUUGCGGAUAGCUCUAAUUUUAUAUAUCAUUGCUCUUUCUGUAAAUCGAAUUUUGACUCUUUAGUGACUUUGCAAGAUCACCUCAGGAAAGAUCAUGGACUCGACUUAGAAAAUUUGGAGUUUCAAGUACUGUGAUCUUGUGUUGGUUUUUGUAGAGGUUGGAAAAUAAAUACAACAAGGUCAACAUCUUUAAAAUGAAAUGACGAGAAAAAGAAAAAAGUCUAGUCAUACUUUACCAUAUUCAGUUCUGCAGCCAUAGUGGAGGCUUAUGAUCAUUCAACUUUUUACUCUACUUCUUGAUAACUGCUUUAGUUUUUUUUUUUCUUUCCAAUUUGGAAAUGUUCCUUUGAAGCGCCAACAGGAAUUCAAGACAAACUGUUUUAGGUAUUUGAUCUGAGGUCUAUGUUUUCGUUCAAAAAAAAAAUGCAGGUAUGCUCUUUCAACAAGAAUUUACCCUUCUCAGAAUACAGAGAGUGAAGGUGGAUUGAAUAUCCGUCGAUUUUUUUUUAUUAUUUUAAAUGCAGCAUAGACUUUGCAUCUACAGUAUGCAUACACCUUUAAAUGUUACUAAGUUUUGAUUUUUAAGGUAUUUUGUUUUAAAGUAAUUUUAUACAUGGUUACCUCUCACUAUGAACUGCCACCUCAGAGGGGGAAAAAAAAGCAAUAUCCGUAAACAUUUGGAAGCUCUAAUUAUAUUUAGAAAAAUCUUCUAUAAUUUUUGAGCAUAUUAUGAUUUUUCCACACAGUGCUUUGUAUCUAUCUAUAGUUUAUUUGUCUCCCAUACCUGUGUUAUUUUUAAGGAGAAAAAAUUGUCUGACCAUCUAACCAAUUGUAAUCGUAAACUCUCAUACCAUUUUUAUUCCAUCUUUAAGAGUUGAUUUCCUGACUUCUCGUUGUGUGAUCGUUAAUUAUUAAAGCCAAAUGGAACAUUUUACCUCUUCAAAAUUUCACGAAGAUAACGAAUCAUACGUUCAAUUCAUACCUCUUCAGGGUCUGAUUCACCUUCUUUAGCUAUGAUCUCUUCAAUUUGAGCGUGGCUACAGACUUCAAGGAUUCUUAAAAGUCACAAGAAUGCCUUUAAAUGUAGCUCAAAAUCAGUUUCCGAUUUGGAAAAUGAAUCCUUUAAAAUAGUUUUGGACUUGAAUCCUUACUGUAUUGGUUGCCUGCCUUAUAAACUUAAUGAUUACGGAGCCUUUGCAUGAUACAUCAUUUUUUUUUUUUCAACUGAAAAUUCCCUCAAAUUUUAGUUUUUUUUGUGCUGUUUCUCUACUUCCUUUCCUUCUUCCUCUCCCCCUACCCUACAUAUUUUUUUUCUCAGUCUGUUUGAGUAGGUUUAGGGUUUAGAAGUAUCCAAACUGUAUUUGUAAAUUGUGUAAAUUAUGUAAAUUUUACUCCUUGAUUCUCUGAAUAAUCAACACAUUCUGAACACGUUUUGAAUUACCCUGCUUUCAUGUUCCAUUUUUCCACUAGAUAAAAUUUAUUCAAGUCAUGUAUUCAUUUUUUGAAAAUGUUUAGUCUUUGAAUUUGUAAAAUUAUUGUAUAGAGAUAAAUUUUAUCUGUAUGUUGUUGGGCAGUAAAGUUACUUUUUUUCUUAAAAA